AUGGCUGCAGAAUUGGUGGGUGGAGCUCUUUUGUCUUCUAUGUUUCAGUCGGCGAUUGAUAGGUUGGCUUCUCCUGAGGUGGUGGACUACCUGCGAGGAAACAACAUUAGUGAUGAUCUGAUCUACGAAUUAAAGAUUGUACUAUUAGUUGUUAAUGCAGUGCUUGAUGAUGCAGAGGGGAAGCAAAUCACCAACAUAAAUGUCAAGAAAUGGCUGAACGAGCUAGAAGUUGCUUCCUAUGAGGCAGACGAUCUCUUAGAUCAGAUUGCUACUGAUGCUCUGCAAUCUGACUUGGAAGCUUCUGGUUCAAGAAAGUCCAAAAAAAGCAUGGGUGGCAUUGGCAAAACCACCCUUGCUCAAUUAGUUUACAAUGAUCACGCAGUUGAGAAGCACUUUGACCUCAAAUUAUGGGUUUGUCUUUCUGAGGAGUGUGAUAUUUGUAAGUUGAAAGAUGAAGAUUGCUGGAAAAUAUUUCAAAAGCAUGCAUUUGACAAAAUUAGAGGAUCUAGUGUUUGUCAAGUCCUAGAGAAAAUUGGUAGAGGAAUUGUCAAGAAAUGCAAGGGCUUGCCUAUAGCGGCAAAAACACUUGGAGGCCUCUUGCAUUCUAAAGAAGAUGUCAGCGACUGGGAAAGAGUAUUACAGAGUGAGAUUUGGGAUUUCUCACAUAAAGAAAGCAAAAUUCUACCAGUUUUGUUGCUAAGUUACAACUACCUUCCAUCACAUUUAAAGCAAUGUUUUGCUUUUUGUUCAACAUUCCCGAAGGACUAUGAAUUCAAGAAGCAUGAACUCGUUUUGUUGUGGAUGGCAGAAAAUCUUUUGCGGCAAGCAAACAUAAAUAAAAGAGUGGAAGAUAUAGGGAAUGAAUAUUUUGAUGAGUUAGUAUAUAGGUCAUUUUUUCAAAGAUCGAGUAGUAGACAAGAAUCUUGCUUUGUCAUGCAUGAUCUUAUUUAUGAUGUAGCCAGAUUUGUAUCGAGGUGA